AUCGCACUGUCAAGUUAUGGGAUUUGAGGAAAGGCAUCGUUUAUGGUUGUUUAUCGCUGCAUCCGGGACCUGUAGUUGCUGUCGAGUACAGUACGGAGCAUAGUUUGUUGUUUUCCGCAUCAGGAUCCUUCAUUCGGGCAUGGGAUUUGCGUGAAAGUACGACGAAACCUGUGAAAACUUUAUGCUCUUCUGGCAACACAAUGUCAGGCACAGCAAACAUUUCCGCCCUCCAACCGGGCGAAUCUCCAAUUACCGCAAUGAUCAUCGGCAGCACAGGCAAUCUCUAUACCGCAGCAUCGUCAGAUCGCGUUCGAAUUUGGGAUCUACGUAAAUUUUCGUGCACAGGAAAAGUUCAAGGAGGUCAUCAAGCAGCUGUUAUGUGUCUCGAAUCAUGGCGCAGCGCAUCAGGAACUGAUUUAUUGGCAACUGGAUCGAAAGAUCACUACAUCAAAGUAUUCGAAAUCCCGCAAACUGGAGGCCUAAUUUAUCCGACGCUCAAUCUCUUGCCGCCCCAUUAUGACGGAAUUCAAGUUUUGCUUGCGACAGACAAAGCGAAUGACGGACAAUCGAUGGAACUGUUCUCCGGAAGUCGCGAUACGUGCAUCAAACGAUGGGAUUUGGAUAGCGGCGACUUGAAGUUAUCCAUCAAUAAUGCGCAUAAAGGAUGGAUUUCGGGCAUGGCGAUGUUCAGAGAUAUGCUUUUGACGACUUGCAGAGGAGGCGUGAUGAGACUUUGGGAUGCUCGAACGUGCGAUGCUCUGGCGGAAGUUAAAACGAGCAAUCCAAUUAGCGGAUUGGUUGCUAAUGACACGAGAUUCUUCACAGCGUCGAGCAACGGUAGCGUGCAAAUCUGGAAAUUACCUGAAAAUGUGGACUCAUUGUUGUCUGUCAAGUCAAAUUCCAACUCCAACAAUAACUAUAAGCGAUAAGAAGUAACACACAAUCACUGAAAGAACAAAAAAAUCAAUUAUUUUAAUGAUAAAUGUAGGAAGUGUUCCAUCCUUCAUAACUAAUCCUGCUAAAAAAUGAUAUUAACAUAUAGUAUUUAUGUUGUAAACAUUCCAAUUUUGAUUAAAAUCCACUAAAAUUUAUCAUUUACACUUUUAGAAUUAGAAAAACUAACCAAUUCCCCACAAAAAAAGACUUAGUUAGGCUGUCGUUCGCGGUAGAAGCCAAUUUUCUACCCGUUUAAUUUGAAUUAUUUUUCAAAUGCGAAAAAAAAAUGUAAUCCAAAAAUCAAAUAUUAUUGUUAGAAGUAUUUCUCACCUAUAAUUCUCAAGAAAUCUCGUUCAAACUGAACUAAUCGAGCAACUUUACUUAAUUAAAAUACCUUACUUUAAAAAUAAAACAACCUAUUUAUCGAAUAAUACGCUAAAAAAGUAUUAAUAUAUUAUUAUUUAUGAACAUUAACUUUUAAUAUUUUAACAAUUUAUGCCUAUUUUUUGUGUGUGAAGUUUGAAUGGCUGAACUAGAAUAGAUGAAUUUUAACUAUUAUACUACUACACUAACGAAUUCUAACUUAUUGCAAAUAAAUUACAAGUG